GCCUCCGCAUACCUCGCAGCUGCCACGCCUCACGACCAACGAAAUGCAAAUAAAUCCGCCUCCAUCGGCUCCGGCCAACCUGAGCACGAUUCAGCAAUCACAGGAGUCACAGACGUCAUCCCCGUCAAUCUACUUCCAUCAUUGGGUGCCGCCCACUACGCAAUCUGGUUCGAGUAACAACCCCCCGGCGACACCGUCAGGUAAAAGCCAUAGAUAAGCGUCCAGACUGUCUGACAGCUUACGAACCGGAUCUAGACUACACGAGCUCGCCCAAGAAGCGGAAGGCCCAGGGUGCGCACCAGGCGGCGCCGGCGCCGACGUCGGCACCGCAAUACACGUCGCCGUCCUUCUCUCACGUCUCGGGCUCGUC